CGGAAGAGGUGCUUCAGCUUCGUUGAGGAUGGCGAUGAUGACUCUGCUUCUACGAGUGUCAAGAAACUAAAGGGGGAAUCCACGCAGGCUGAAGGCAGGGUGAAGGAUGUGGAAUUGGAUGAGAAGAAGUCGGACUCACCAUCCGGUCCCGAGGAAGUUCCCCUGCCAGAUUCUCCCGGUAGAACCCCACAAUUGGACACAACAUCGAUAGAAGAAGUGGCUACGGCUCCAGAGGACGAUGCUGAUAAGAAAGACGCCCAAGAUGAUUCGGACGUCGAUUCGGUGGCCUCUUCGUCUGAAGUAAUUUUGGACGAGGGACAACCUGAAGAUGAUUCAAAGGAUGAUACCAAGAUACUUUCUACUUCAGCAGCUGAGGAUGCACCUGCCACAGAACUUGACACUCCUACUGUCGAUGAUACUCCAGCAGUCACAGGGACCGACGUAUGA